CCAACCCAAUCAUCUCGCUUUCUGAGCGCGGGGGGCAAAUGGCGCCAAGUUCCAGCUCCACGAAUCGAGCGCGACGGAAAUCGCCGCAACAGCCACCCGUCGUCCGAGUUGGAACGUUCUCCGCGUCGACAAUGUCCUCCUCAUCAGCGUCCUCGUCAGCGUCCUCGUCAGCGCCGUCCGAGUCCGAGUCCGAGACCAGUGAGCCGGAUCGCUCUGCUCGUCCAAAUCCCCACGUUGUCGCCCACCGUCCGGCACAGGCCGACGAGGCCGCCACGACGACGGAUGACGAUCAAGCCGAGAGCACCACGGACGAUGCUGAUAGUGAUGAGAAUGAUGAGCAUGACCAAGACGCGGACGCGGACGACGAUUCGUCUGCUGCGAGCUCGACAACGACCGCCACGAGCGAGGAUCAACCGACCGCUGGAUUGACCGACGAAGCGCUGCAGUCGACGCAGCAGCCACAACGAGCAGCAGCACAGCAGCAACGAAGCGUGUUUGACUUUCCAGACGAGACCGAGGACGAGGAUCUUGAUGAUCAGGGUGACCAGGAGACGGAAAUCCCGCCAACAAUGCCAACAAUGUCCUCAAUCGCGGUGAUGGACGUACGCAAGAUGCCAAUGACCAUUCCCUCGCAGGAAAUCUUUGUGCCAAACACGCAGGACUCCUCUUCGCAGAAUUCAGACUCGACCACGCUGUCUGGAUUGGCUCGAAUGCGCUCGCAGCGAACGCUUUCGCAGCUUGCCGCGUCGCAGCAAAGCAACAAAUCUCCGAGCCAAAUUCCACCGACAUUUGAGGACGAGAGCAGCGGCUCAGAGCGCUCGAGUAGUCUGAGCAGCAGCAGCAGCAGCAGCAGCAGCGGCUCGGGCCAGGAUGAGAGCGGCUCUGAGAAUGAAGGGGCUGAUGAUGAAGACGACGAUAACGAAAUUCCGCCAAAUCGAGCCAAGUCUCCAGACCAACACAACGAUGAUGAAGAAAACCCCAGCGAGAACAUCAUCCACGCUGCUGCAACACAAUCACAGUCGCAGUCAGCGCCAUUGUUCACCCCGAAUUUGCUCUCACAGCCAAGCAACAGCGACGAGCACAUGCGUGGAUGGCUGAGCGUGCACCCGCACGCGUCGUCUCAGAUGGAGGCCGACUCGCAGGGGUCGUUUGCGGCAACUGCACCCGUGGUGGCAACCCCGUCUCAACACCCCACACGACACAUCGAAUGGAACGACGGCACUGUGGUGGCUUCGCAGCACCGCUCGCCUGCUGCUGCAGCCCACUCUGCCACCACCAACCGCGUACUGUUCCCUGGCACAUCGGAGGUCGAUGAGGAGCAAGAAAAAGAAGCGGAAGACGCAGACGAAGACGAAGCAUCUCUCUUCCCUCCCUCGUGGUCCAAGUCCGACGCCAGCCUCUUUUUCAAGUACCUUGCUCGCUAUGGUCGACACCAACCCGAGCGGAUAGCAACUGCUCUUGGAAGCAAGAACGCGUUUCAAAUAUCUGUGAUGAUUGCCAUUCUCGAUGAUGCCAGCCAGCAAGUCGGGGUUGCGGACGACAGCACUGGACCACUGGAGCAUCAAGAAGCGAUCGAAACGUCACAGGAAGACUUGGCGCGUGAGUUGACGCGCGCCCGCCGCAAGGCAGAUCGCGAGCAGAAGCGAUUUAAACUCGCGACGCGCAAGAUGCAUGCCGACCGGAAGGGCCUUCUCGAGCGCAAGCCUCUCCGCAACAUUGCUCGUCGAAUGCAUGCUGCACGAGUUUCACACAUCCAGAAUCCCAAUCUAGAGUCGUUGACAGAGGCGCUCCGUGAUUGGUUGAGCUUGGUAAUUCCCGUUUCCGGGUUGAUCGCAGUCGAGCGUGGCAAGAAUGAAUGCAGUCGCCACGCUGUUCAGUUUAUCCUGGAUUCGGAUGUGCGAGUGGCCGUGGGGUUGUUGUCCAGCGUUCAAACGCAAUCGGCUGCAGAAAAGCGCGCCGCAAAGCUCGCCGACGAGGCAGCAGCUAGCGAUGCCAACCACGAUUCGGAAAGCCAACUAUCAGAGCCUCACGCAGAUCCAGCAGAAGAUACCGAGUGGAGCCAUGCUGCAGAAGGCUCCAGUCAUGCGGAAGAGGAAGAUGAAGAAGAAGAGGAGGAGGAAGAUGAAGCGUCCGGCGAUUCUGACACGGAAGAGGCUCGGCCAAACUCGCAUGUACACGCUACAAGCACUGGAAGCACCAGCAGUGAAUCCGAGACGGAUGAGCGAGUUAUGUCGCAGUUGCCACAAGCCAGCCAAGACAGUAAUAGCAGCAGCAGCAGCAGCAGCAGCAGCAGCAGCAGCAGCAGCAGCAGCAGCAGCAGCAGCAGCGACGCGAGCGACAAAAAGACGAGCCGAGGAGCCAUUGGAGCCACACUCUCCGCGCCAAAAGCAGCGCAAAGAGGUCGACGAGAGAGUUCGAAACGCUGCUGCAGCUCGUGGCCGCCAACGAAGACGAUAA